GGUGAACUGAACGAAAUGGCAAAUCGGGUCGAGCUUAUAGAAAAGGAGGUGAAGGACCUUACUGUACAAGAGAAGAAUUUUAAAGCUUUGCUGAUGGUAAGCGCGCAAAAAUACAGGAUUCCUUUGUAUCUGUAUCAUGCUCUGUAUCUGUAUCUGUACCAGGACAUGACAGAAGAAUUUGGGCAUCAAGCAAAGCAGAUGGAAAGCAAAGUGCGGAGAGACGUUACAAGAGACAAGAGAGAAAAAAAUAUGCUGUACGAGAUUGCACAUCGGGAGCGCAUAGAAAGUGAGAUGAGGGAUGCUUAUCUGAAGCAGGCAGACAAAGGCACUCUUUCGGCAAGAGGUGUGCUGAACGAGAUUGCCAACAGAAUAGAGCGCAUGGAAAGAGACACAAGGAGCGUGGACGAGAUUGCGAAUCGAGUGCAAUGCAUAGAAAAAGAACUGGCAUUCCAUGGUUCAGGAAAGAAGGGAGACAAUGCUUCGCUGAGGGCAAGAAAAUGGCUUCACGACAUUGGCAAAACUUUUGUCGGUGAAGAUAAUUUAAGCGUCAUGACGCGUAUGAGAAGAGAAGUUGGAGAAUAUGCUGCUCAAGAUGCCCAUCAAGUUUUGCUAAUGGAAACGGAAAAGGCUCCUAAAGAGCGAGGAUCAAAAUCAUCGCAGUCAGGGCUAUCGUCUCUAGAAAAUGUUCGUAUUAAGGAGACGGAACUAAGAUCAAGAAACUGUGUAUUUUUCAAUGGAAAUCAUUGGCAAGAGCAUGGUAGAAGAUACUCUUCAUCAUCGUGA